GCAGCAAGCUAGCAAUUCGAGCCAUGGUACCGUUAUCAAAACUGAGAAAGCAACUCUGGCGCAAUUGUAUUAACGAAAUUACAGAGUUUGCUCAGAUUCCGUCAGGUUUUCCACGAAUGCCCUUUUACUGAUCCAGGAUUCUGUCCAGAUACCACGAUACAUUUAAUCAUCAUGUCUGCUCCAACCUAUUCUCAAGGUAGGAGAGUUCUUUAUGGCAUGUAGGCACAUGAUGGGAUGCCAGUAACUUAUCACACUGGUGAGGAAUGUCUGCCAUGCUUUCUCCUCCAACCAAGUACAAAGGGAUCCUUAUCAUUUGCGGAUGUGACUGUGGGCUUUACCCAGGAGGAGUGGCAGCAUCUGGACCCUGCUCAGAGGACCCUGUACAGGGAGGUGAUGCUGGAGAACUAUAGCCACCUUGUCUCAGUGGGGUGUUGCAUCCCUAAACCAGAAGUGAUCCUGAAGUUGGAGCAAGGAGAGCAGCCAUGGAUGCUAGAGGAAGAGUCCCCAAGUCAGAGCUACCCAGAAGCACUAAGGGAAGUGAGCAAGACAAGCUUCAUUCUAUGACACUAGUGGAUAUCUGAAAUCCCAAAUCAGUACAAGUGUACCUGCAGCAGAGCUGAUGAUGGAUCAAGGAACGUGUGUAUGUUAGCAGGUGGGUAGAAAACAAAAGCAUUUCUGAUGCGCACGGGGUCUGGCAGUGUGCUUUUCAUGAACAGAGCACAUCCACACCUAAAACUUCCAUGAACAACGGUGCCAUGAACUAGAUAGCUGAGCUCCCUUGGAGACAGUUUCAUUCUGCAAAGGAGACGUACUGAAGUGUAGAAGCACAAACCACACUUUUCAGUAGCCCUCUGUUUCCAUGAUGGUGCAAGAGAGACUGUACAUGAGGGAAAACCACCUCAUAGACACUAAAUGUGCAGAAAUAAUCUUACAUGCCAUCUUAGCAGGUACUCCUCUGACAUAGAAUUUGAUGCAAAAACUUACUUGACAACGGUUGAUCGGGAUUUGCAGACCUUCUACAAAAGUGAGGGAAGCAUGGGGGACGGUAAGGCUGGUUAGGAGGAGGGGAAUGCUCAGGGGGGUGAUUACCUCGUUGACUGUAGCUUUGUAAUUAGCACAUCUGAUUGCUCAGACUAGCAGGAUAUGUUCCGAGUCUCAGUGUGAACCACUGUGUGCCAGAGCAGCUGGUCAGAAAGGUGGAAGGGGAAAGGAUGUUAUCUUUUGUCUUGUUCCUCUCUCUCAGAUGAAACUGUUCUGUAGAGUUUUAACUACCUUUCUUUCCUGGAUUGCAUCAGACAGUUGGUCUAGGCAGAUGCUGGGGAAGUCGGAGCC